AUGCAGACCCAAAAGGCAAGAAAUGGAUCUCCAGAUGUUCUCAAGAAGCUGUCUCCUCGUGCUGCUCGGCCACUGAAGUUAGCCGCGUUAGAGCCUGACUCUUCUUCAUCUCCUAUAUCAGCUAAUAACAGAACACCAAAGGACAAAAGUCCAAAAGUUACAGACCGUAAACCUCCACGAACUCUUGUCUCCGAGAAGAAGAGGCCAAGCAGAAUAACUGAGCUUGAGGCGCUAGUCUCUCAGCUUCAAGAGGAUCUGAAGAAGGCGAAACAUCAAGCCACAGUGUCUGAGACCUCAAAGAAGCAAGCAAAGCAAGAAUCAGAAGAGUCCAGGAAACAGCUACAAGAAGUUUCCGUUUUGGAGGAAGAAACCGAAAAAAACUGUCAUCGAAGUGUAUCUCAGGAAUGUGAUUUGGAGUUUGGUGGUAUUUCUGAUGAAAUGGCAGGAUUGGCUGCUGUUGUUCAGGAGAUCCGAGAACUCAAGCUUCAGAUUGAAAUGGUGGCUUCUUCCGAAGCUGAUCAUGUGAGACAAGCUGAGUUGCGUAACUAUGAGAUUCACCUUUUGAGGGGAAACUUAAUGGACACACUUUGUCUCGUAGAGAAUUUUAGGAACCUACUUAAGGACUGUGAGGUAACAGAGGCGGAAACGGAUGCUCUAGCCACUGAAACUCUUAGGCAAUUGGAGAGUGCUAAAAAGGCAGUUGAAGAACUGAAGUCAGAUGGCACGAAAGCAGUGGAGAGUUAUAAGAAACUGGCGUUGGAGCUUGAACAGUCAAAAUCGAGGAUGGUAUGGCUUGAAGGUCUUGUGACUAAACUGGGGGGUUUGGAAAACCACGAAACUCUGCUUGAAGACUAUGAAAGUUCAAAACUUGGGGAAUCAGAUGAUAUGAAGGAAGAAGUGUCUUCCUUGAGAUGUGAGGUAGAGCGACUAAGAGCAGCUCUAGAAGCUUCUGGUAAAAAAGAUCAAGAUGGGAAUGUGAAGGCUUCUUCUCGGUUAAGGAUACAAGCUGGACUCCACUCUGAACUAAAGAUAGCUAAAUCCGAGAUAGACGAGCUGAACGGGAGGUUGGUGGCUAAGAAUACAGAGCUAAAAUUUAUCUCAGAGGAGAAAGAUAACAACCUGAAACUGAUGAAGAACCAGAAAGAGACAGGUGUUGAAGCUGAGCUUAAGAUACUAAGGGAGGCGAUGGAGUAUCCGAAAGCGGAGUUGGUGGAUAAAGAGACAGAACUCAAGAUCGUUUCAGACGAGAACGAGACACUGAUCCACAAGAAGGAGACAGAUGCGCUCAAGAAGCUAGGUAUUACAAUGGAAGAGGAUGACAAGAGUAGGCAGAGAGCGGUUAGAGUCACUGAGAAACCAGAUGCACCUCAAGUGUCAAACUCGGAAAUGGAGACAGAACCAAGGAAGCUCAAAGUUCAAUGGAGAGAAUCUGUGGAAGCAGCUACCGCCAUGCUCUCUACGGGAAACAACUAUAAUCAAACAAACUCUCCUUACUCUAAGGAGAUCGAUGAUCAAGUGACAAAGAAGAAAACUGGGAAUGUACUAAAAAAGAUUGUUGUUUUUUGGAAGAAGCCUCGGAAAUAG